AAAUGUUUCCUUACUGUUGGUGUGCAAGGACGUAACGCGGCAUAACGUAUAACAGAUCUGUUUAUGGUUCGUGUUAUUCAAACUGUGCGUGAGUGUGUGGGUGUUAUUUACUGAAUGCCCUCUGUGGCUACUAUAACUAAUAUAAUAAAAAUUUAUAAACUGUCAAGUGCAUAAGUAACUAAACAACAAAAGCAAAAGAAUAUCAAAAACAGUCGCAACUAACGGGUCAAAUCGUCUUUACUUUUGCCGUCUGCAAUGCGGCAAAAUUUUUGCCGCAAUAUAAAAGCAUAUCAUAACGGAUUAUUAAUACAUAUACAUAAGUGAACUGUUCAUCCAAUAAAAUCGCCAUAGGAAAAGUAAAAAGAAAAGUUUACCAUCUAUUGAAAAAUUGUCUAUAUCGUGUCGUGGCUAAUCAGACUAAAUAUAAUUCACUGCGAGCAGCGAGCAGAGAGAAGCGAGAGCAUAUCAAACGAGGGCCCCAAUUCAUCAGCCGUGCUAACAAUAGAACUAAUCAACGCACGCAUAUAGAGAAACCAAUUUAUAUUCAGUGCUAAAUAUGCGGCAGCAAUCAACAAAUGCUGGACGCACAAAAUGAGGCAUUUCAGCGAGCAAACAGUAUCGCCAACAACAAUGCCAGGGGCAACAAUAACAAGGCACACAACAAUGGGAACAACAAUGAGCAUCACUUAAGCAAAUAGAAAAUCAACGCGCAAAAUCAACACGAAAUCAAUACAAAUAGCUGUGAAAUUUACUGUCAACAUUUGUUGCCAUAGCACAGGCGUUGAGCCACAUAUAGAAAAAAUAAUAGGGGAGAGAGAGAUAUAUAGGGACAGAGACAGAGAGAGGAGAGAGAAAACAAAAGCGUGAGAAUCGACAAACAAAGGGACUAGGCAAGUAAAAUCCAUUUCAAAUGGGCGGCAAGCAUGGAGCCAGCGGUAGUUCCGGAGGAGGCGGUGGCGGCGGCGGUGGAAGUGGAGUUCCCGGAGGCGGCGGCAGCCUCAACUCGAGCAUCUGCAACUCGGUGCUAACAAAUGCAACCGCAGCGAGCAACAGUCUAAGCCAGCAACAGCAGCAGCUUCAGGCUAAGUACAUCAAGUCUAAGCGCCAUCAGAGUCGAUAUACGAAUCUGCAGAAUUCUGGCCACGACUCCAGCAGCUAUCUGCACCUGAAUUCGCUCUGGUCGAUCUGGUAUGGCGUGCUGUUGACACUCUUUCAAGGAUAUUUGGCUAUGCAUGGCGCCUACAGGUUCCUCGGCUGUUCGCUAAUACCCUGGAAAAUCGAGCCCGUUGGGGAGCUUAAUCUGCAAAUUGUACUCUCCGGUGUAGUAUUUAUUCUGCUGCCCGUAUUCUUUACAUCGGCCGUAUUUAAGGUGGGCAACUUGGCUAACGAUGGCAUCAAAUUGGCAACCAGCGCCAAGGAGCGUCGCUGCACGCUGGCGCCGCACGACGGCCUCGAGGAGGAGGCGCGCGGUGGCACCUUGCGCGCCCUUUGGACCCACGGCGGACCCACGGCAGCCUUUGUGCAUAUCCUCAUUGCGCUAUGCCUGCUGCUGCCCCGACUUCUGCUCGAGGCUCGCAUCAUCGAGAAUGGACUGUUGCCGAAAGAACAAGUUUGGGCAACCGAAUUGGACUUUGUUGUUAUCAAUAGACGCAAUUUGAUGGCCAUGUCGGUGGUGGGACCGACGCCGCCCUAUCAAAAGCAGCAGCAGCAGGAGUCACAGCCGCAGCGACCGACAAACGUAACUGCGAACAGUUUGGAGCACGACGAGGAGGACUACUACAACGAUACGAUGUUUACGGCUGUGCGCGGCGGCAACGGAGGCAUCGGAGGCAUCAAUAAUAAUUUGUUCGAGCUGACACGUGAUAAGGAUGGACGUAAUGGCAGAAAGGCGGCCAAGACGACGGCAACAACAACCAAGACAACAAUGCGAGGCGGCGGAGCUGCGGGCAAGACAAGAUACUUUGAAGUGCCCGAUUUAAUUAAUCGAAAUAUUGAUGAGGGCAAUGAGCGACUGUUGGGUACUGACGAUGAUGAUGAUGGUGGCGAUGAUGAUGACGAUACUGAUGUUGAUGCUGGUGCUGAUGCUGAUGCUGAUGACGAUGACGAUGAUGGUGAUGACAUUGAAGUGGGCAGAGAUGGGGGCACUAUCAUUAUGCCAGACUUCGGGUCCAGCAGUGAGAAACAUGCAGGAGCCGAUAAUUGGCAAAGGCUGGGCACACUGGAUAAGGCGCGCAGCAAGACUACAACAGCAACGACUAGCACUAGGGCAACAACAACAAGAACAACAACAACGGCAGCUAGUACAACCACAACAACUAAAGCAACGACGACAACCACAACAACAACAACAACAACAGCACCACCCCCACCACCACCAACAACAACAACAACAGCAGCAGCUGCAACAGCCGCAACAGAAAUUGCAAAGAGGCAACAGCAAUUGCCGCACCAGCAACAUCAGCACAAGCACAGUCGCAAGCACCACAAGCAGCACCACAAGCAGCGACAACAACAACAACAACAGCAGCAGCCACGUCGCCAUCAUGUGACGUCGCAUGAGCAGGCGCUGCAGGAGAGCUAUAUGAAGCAGAGGGAGGAGGAGCAGCAGCAGGAGGAGACUACGACGCGGGACAGCAGCAUUCAUCGUGUGCGCACCGAAGUGCUGCCAGAUUUAAUAAUACCCUCAACGCCGAUUUCCACCAAUUCCAAGAUUAUCGCCAUCAAGCCCAAGACGCAGAAGCGACGCAUUUCCAAGCGCGCCGCGGCCAAGUCGGGCGUCGAAAUCGAGCCGGAAUAUAUGCUGGGCGACAGUGGCAUCAACUCCAGUGAGUUCAUAGCCAAGUCGAGUGAGCAGCAGCAGCUGGACGACGACUUGGAUCUGGAUCUGGACGAUGCGGACUUCCAAGCGCUGCCAGCUGUUACGCCAGCUGCAGCUCCUGCCGGCAACAGCAACAGCAACAACAACAACAACGAGUACGUCCGUCUCGACGGCUUUGCCGGCAUGCUGCAGCUGUUCUUUGGCAUCGAUAAGCCCAUCGACGUGGCCAUCUUCGCCCAGCCACCGAGUGCGGAGUUUGUCAACCUACUCUGCGCGCUGCUCGUGUGGUCCGUGCGUUAUCCGGCCGUCUUCUGGAAUACGUCCAAGUCGUUCGCCUGCGUCUUCAGCCUUCAGAUGAUUGUCGCUGCCUUGGACGUCAUUCUCGGCUACGUGGGCGUCUCCAAUCUCUACAAGCUACAAAUCUAUGCGGAAGCCAUGCCGGUGCAUCAGCCAGGUCUCAUACUGAAUGCCACCGUGACCCUGGCUCUCUAUCUGCUGGCCACGGCGCUCGUGCUGGCCUCCUCGAUGGUCAUGUACCUGUAUGGACACGGCAGGCUGGCCACACGCAUGCGAGACCGUUCCAUCAUCACGCUGAAGGCGAGCCAAACGUGGAUCUACUUCGCCCACUGCGCAUCCCUGUGCUUCGUCCUGGCCCUGGCUGUUGUCAAAGCCCCGCUGCUAAAUGACCUCAGCGCCACCUACAAAAACAAUCUGCAUUGUCCAACCUUCUUGGCAGCUUUGGUGGGAGUAAUCCAUUUGCUGCUGUGGAUUGUCGUCUGGCUCUGUUUGACCAUCAAGCGACGCUGGCACUUUAAGCUGCCCCCGCUGGAUCACACGUAUGGCGGUCUGCUGAACAAGGCCAGCGCCCAGCCCCUGCUCAUGUCCAGCGGUCAACGAACGGGCAGCAAUUCAAGCAGCGGCGGCAACUCGACGAGCACCACGGUCAAUGGCAUGGACUGCGCCACCUCCAAGCCGGACAUGAUGAGCACGGCCACGAGCACGGAACUGGGCGUGGGCAUGAGCAUGGGCCUGGUGGCCCAGGAGGACAUCUACUGGCCGAAGCUGACGCCCAGCUCGCCGAAGCUGAAGGUCACCUUCAACGAAGUUACGAGUACGUCUGAUGAUGUCCUACUAAUUGGUGACCAAGAACAAACUGAUGGCAAGCGCCAUACGAGCCGUGGAACCUCGCUAUGUUUUGCCAGUUCUACGGGGGAAAUUGACGACGGCGAGUACGCGACAUUAAGGGCGGCCACCGCCGGCGCCGUUGUGGGCAUCACCAUGGGCAGCAUAAAGAGCACCAGCAUUGGCGUGAGCGUGGGCGUGGGCGUGGGCGUGGCAAAGGGCAGCGGCAGCGUCGCAAGCGGCCUGCUGCACCUCAGCGAAUACGAUGAGCUGGCGCCUCCGUCAUCCAUCAGCCAGCAGCAACGCCCGCACGCCCACGACUAUGCCAAUCUGAGCGGGCUGGGCGGCGUCAGUGAUGAUAAUAUCUCCGAGGAGGGCAAGUUGUUGGCUUGCGUGCGCGACGACAGCAUUACGUAUGCAUCCACGCGCGAUCUGGAGCCGCCGCAGCCAACAACUGUGCCAGCAGCAGCAUCACCACCGCCGCCGCCCCCACCGCUGCCCGUGAAAGGUGCGCCAGUGCCACAGCCGCCCAGCGUGCAGCAUCCACAUCAUCCCGGUUACGGACGCGCCCCACAGGCCAUGCCCGAGAUCAUGCAAAUUUCACCCGAGCACAAGUCACAGCCCCAGCAACAGCAACAACAGCAGCAACAGCAGCAACAGCAGCAGCAGAUGCAUCAACAACAACUACAUCAUCCUCUGCAGCAACAUCCACAUCCGCAUCCACUGCAGCAGCAACCGCAGCAACAGCAUCAUCUAGUCAACCCACUGGCCCCGGUCACCGUCGCUGUGCACACCCACGAGGCUCAAAUCGCCUCCAGCUCCACACCCCGCUGUCUGCGGCGCGCCGACUCCGGCGUGCCCAACGAGGCGCUCACGCCUCGCAGCGACACCAACUCGAUCAGCGAAAGCACCAACACCACCUCGCCUCCAGAGCGCGCUCCCUCCGAAUCCUCCAGCGGCGUGCACUCGGGCGAGGAGCGCGAACUGGAAGUCAUCAUCCGGCCGCGUGUCAGCUGCAAGGCGCCGCCACGCCCACCACAGCCGCCCAUACAGGAGGAGCCGUACGGCCGCUGCACCAACAUGCGCAUGUCCAGCUUCAACGCCGACCCAGCCGCCAGCGUCGUCAACAGCGCCACGUUACCGCUGCAGCGCAGCGCACCUGAGCAGAAGUUCGACUACACGGCCCACUGCAGCACGAUGCCCCUGCCGGCGGGCUGUCACAGCCAGCAGCUCGCCAACGGCAACGGCAACGGCAACAACAACAACGGCGGCUAUGCCUCCACCUCGGCCAUGACCAGUUCAAUGGGCCCGCCCUCGCAGGUGUCCACCUUCAAGACGCCCAGCAUGCACUACGCCAACGCAGCCGUCGCCCUCGGCUCCUCUGUGCCUCACACGACGCUGCCCAACGGCGUGCGCUACUCCAAUCCGCACUUCCUGCGCCGACUUCCGCACGUGAGCAAAGCGGCGGAGUCGCCGUACGGACAUCUCGGCUACGGGGCAGGCCAUCACGCCUUCAGUAAGCUGUCACACGAGACGCAUCCGACCAUCCACGAGGAUCGGGACUCGGCCAACUACUCCAUGGCCUCGGACCAGGACUGCGGACUCUACGUCACGGCGCAGCUGCACUAAGCACCUAAUAUAUCAAAUCCAGCUAUAGCUCCCUAGCAUCAUAAUACCGCAUACAAGCAAGCUUAAGCAGAUAUAUAAAUAUACAUAUAUAUACAAAUGUACUUUAAUCCUAAGUGUAUAGAAGCCUCAAAUCUUAAAUCUUCCACAAGCUUUCGAAAACUUCAGCUGGCAUCAACACAGCUCGCUCAUUAUCAAGGACUUCCCUGCUGAGGUCUGAGCGAUCCCUGUUGAUGCUUUUUGAUUAACUAGCAGAAGUAAACCUCCAAGUUUCCCUAGAUAUUCUAUGAUUUGCCUGAAUAACAAACAUCUACCGUGUAGCACAAAAAACCACGCCCACUGUAACUGACGCCCCACACAUAAGGUUACAAAGGACAUCUAUUCAUAUACUAUAUAUUAUAUAUAUACAUAGAUAUAUACAACUCUAUAUUUAUACACACUGCUCGGUAUGCUCGUAUACAAUGUGUAAGAUAAUAAAUAAUAUUUGUGUUUAUCAUAUCAUCUAUGAUAAUAUAUAUAUUUAACUAGAACUUGGCGUAAUGUCUAACUCUAAGCGAAUCCACAUGCAUACAUAUGGCAUAUAUCUAUUUAUAUAUAUAUAUAUAUGAUUAUAUAUAUAACUCAACUAUUAUCAAGUAAUCAAUAUAAAUACAUUUAGAAUUUUUUUCCGUUACAAAAUCUCUAAUCUGAAAAAAUGCAUACGAAUUUAAGCCGCAAUUGCAUGGUUUUAUUAGUAAAAAAAAAAAAAAACAAACUGAGGCCGAAGAGCUGGCAAAGUGGAUAAUAUAAAUAUUGAUGUUUUUCCCAUAGCUCGGUUAGCUGAAAUCGGAUAUAGACCGUAAUAGCAUUAAGAGCUUGUGUAUUUCUUUAAGAUCAAUUGCAAAUAAACCUUUUCGAGAUCGCUUAAACCUUGAAUCGAUCGAUCAUAAAAUUGUAUCGUAUCUCGAAUACAUAAUACCCUAUCAGGAGUCCUGGAUUAAUAUCGAUUGUCAAUCAAAUAAUUUAUGCAAUCGCCGUAGUUUUGCAAAGGAAAAGUGAUGGACGUGAGCAUUAGUCAAGCUUCAGCUAGUCGUCGUAGCGAUAAUUAAUAAAGCUUCAGCAUAUUUUAUACGGUCUCUCAAAUAUAUACAUAUAUACAUGCAUAUGUACUCGUAUGUAUUAAGAUAAAUGUAAAUGUAAUGUAACGAAGCGACAAUAUGAUGAUAUCUAAUGUAUUAUAAAAGGAACUAACUAACUGUAUGAAAUUAGCUAAUACAUCUACCAGCGGAAUCACGCACACAUACGCAACAUUAACUCACGGACUUUAAAGCACCUCCCAUACAUAUCUCCCAAAAAUAAGAACUCCAAUCUUUCUAGGCGCUCUCUACAUGGCUUUUAGACACACGUAAAAAUGCAUGCAUUUGGAUUCAAGAAAGAAGACAUAUUCAUAUAUGAUGAAAGCUAUAACUUAAAUGUAAUUCCUAUUCGGCACUCGCACCGUUGGCACAUCAAUUGAGAACUUAACCAUAUUUAUUUUUGUUAUGAAGACUGAUUAGCAUUAUAAUACCGUAUAAUGAGAAGCCCAACAAGCACAUGCAUUCAAGUACACGUUAGAUACCCCGCCCAGCUGUCAUUCAUUGAAACUCUAUGCAUUGUACGACUCUUGACUAUAUUCGUAUAUAUUACUUACUUAUUUAAAUAUCUGUUGAGAUGGGGCGAACAGUCGAUAACAUUGGUUCCUUUAAGAAACGCACUAAAGCUAAGUAUUAGCCAUAUUUAAGUCACACUUUUGUAAAAUAAUUUCUAUUCAAUUUUAGGGUUAAUAUUAUAAUAUACUAUAACAAGAAUACAUAGUAUGCCCCUUGAUAUCGCAUUAUGUAUGUAAUCACAUCGUAUUUUUUGUAAGUCUAACUAACCAAGCGAGUAAAAGAAAACAACUGUAAAUGAUAGUAAGAAUAAUGCCGCCAAUGAACCCGAUAUGACAUGAUAGACACACGCAUCAUAUACAUACAUCUAACAUAAAUAUAUUUAUUGCCACACAUAAAUAAGCAAAU